AACGCACGCAUGAUUUUGCCGUGUCAAGAUAUUGAAAGGGCAUUGUUUGAAAUGUAUAAAAGAGCGCGUUAACUGAGUCCUUCUAUGAUACCGAGAAAAGUUAAACACAGUAAAAAAUACAACAAUAUCUGCUAUCACAGAGACUCAUUCUUGCUAAAUCCCCCUAUAUAAAUUAUAAACAUACAUCCUAACAAAUAUUAUCUCCCCAAAACAUAAGUCUCUGUAUCUCAGACCACAACAUGUAUGCUGUUAAGUUCUCUGACAAUAUGCUGCCGAUUCUGGUGCUUCUCCUUGUCUUUCUAAUCCCUCCAGCCAUUUCUGCCUUCGACGGUGUUCGCAUGGACCUGACCCACAUCGACACGGGCCGGAACAUAACCAAAUUCGAGCUCCUGCAGCGCAUGGCGCUCCGAAGCAGGGCCCGGAGUGCGAUGCUCGCGUCCAAGGCCGCGGGGGGUUCCACCAAUUCGAUAUCCACAACUGACGUGCCUGUCUUGCCAAAUGCUGGCGAGUACACCAUCGGAGUUUCCAUCGGCACGCCGCCACAGCCUCUCCUGCUCAACCUUGACACUGGCAGUGAUCUCAUCUGGACUCAGUGCCAGCCCUGCCUCUCGUGCAUCAACCAGAGCUUUCCUUUGUACGAUCCUUCACAGUCAGCCACUUAUUCGCCGCUUCCCUGCUCCAGCAAGCUCUGCCAGGCUCUUCCUCUAUCCGCCUGCCACGCACAAUGCCUCUAUCUUUACGGUUACGCCGACAGCUCAACCACCGUCGGCACUCUCACCAGCGAGGCCUUCACCUUCGGGUCGACCACUAAAAACAUCACGGUCCCGCACCUCGGAUUCGGCUGUGGGUUUCUAAACCAAGUCAGCUUCUACAACGAAUUCGGGAUCGCAGGCUUCGGUCGUGGGCCCUUGUCUCUCAUCUCUCAGUUAGGAGCCGGAAAGUUCGGAUACUGCUUCACUUCCUACGGCAACAAUUCGAAGAGCAGCACACUUAUGUUAGGAUCAGCUGCCGGUCUAAACGGCAAUGCUACUACGGUCCGGUCGACUCCGUUCGUUCUGAAUCCUUCACAGCCAACCUUCUAUUACCUCUCUUUCGAUGGUAUAACGGUCGGCACGACCCGUCUCCCGAUACCGAAGUCGGCAUUCGCGCUGCAGCAAAACGGGACGGGCGGAGUGAUCAUAGACUCCGGCACGUCCUUCACGCAGCUAACCACGGUUGCUUACAAGCUCGUGAGGAGCGCCUUCUUGUCGCAGGUGAAGCUGCCCGUGGCUAACGGCACCGCGGAGGGCUUCGACCUUUGCUUCUCGCUGCCGUCGUCUCCAUCAGCAAAGGUGGACGUGCCGAAGCUGAUAUUCCACUUUGAAGGCCGGCGAUAUGGACCAUGCCGCUCGAAACUACAUCGCUCAGGAUUCUACAUGGGUUAUAACUGUUGCUUGGCUUGUUCGAUUCCGAGCAGUCGGAAGCUCUAUAAUUGGUAA